GGUCACCCUCCUCGCUCCAUCAAAAAAGACGUAGAGAGAGGAGACCGUGGUAGAUGCAGACAGACAGUCAGAGGUAAUAAAAAGAGGUGAGACGCCAAGAUUGAACAAGCUCUUCAAGGAGAGAGACAGACAGGCGGACUAAAAAGGAAAAGGGAUAUAUCCGUCCUACAGAUCUCUGACACCCAGAGGACAUCACCUGUCUUGAAAGAAAGCGUGCCGGUUAGGGGUUGCCAUGGAAACCAGGAUGGUGAUGCAGCGAGAGCGAGAGGAGCAGUCGUCCCAGAUGUCUCACAGCAUGCAACUGUCCUCCCAGAUCAAGAAGAAGACCUUCACUUCCAGGUGCAAACAGCUUACUGACAUACAUGAUGAGGAAGCCUCCUACUCUAAUUUUUACCCCAUCAUCCCCGCUGAUCUGAUGUCUGUUAAAGAGAUCCUUGACAUGGACAUCUUUCCUCGCCACAGGACAUGGGAAAUCCUGAAGGAAACUAUAGCUGCCGAUGAAGAGUACCAGAGAGAAAAAUGGACCCGAUUUGGGAAUGAAGCUGAGAAGGUGGAGGUAGAUGUGAUCAGGAACCAGCAUGUUUUACGCACUCGAGUUGACAAAAUAGCACUUCGCAAACAGGCGGAGAAGAGGGCGUCUGCCCACUUGAAGUACCUUGAGCAACUUAGUCAGAAAGCCCCAGACUUUCCGAUCCCUCUCAGGGCUCACACUGUCUGGGAGGGCAUGGUGGUGAAACUUUCCUGCACUGUCCAGGGCUGUCCACCCCCAAAGGUCACAUGGUAUAAGGAUGGUGAGCCACUGAUAAUGUCUCAUCAACCAUGGAAUUACAGCCUUCAACAAAAAUAUGGUCUUAACUCGUUGGAGAUCAGAAGGUGCUCACCUUCUGAUGCUGGAGAGUAUAAAGUGGUUGCCCAGAGUCCCCUGGGUGAAGCUAUGACCUUUGGAACCCUAGUAGUCAACUCAUAUCAAGGAGCCGUGGCUGGUUCAGAGCACUCGCAGACCGCCGCCUUGGAGCAACAAGAAGCCCAAUUUGACACUUCAUUCUCACCAACCUGGGUGGAGGAGGGUGACAGCCUCAACCUGCAGUGUGCCUUCACCUCAGCUCUGCUGCCGUUCCAGCAGGAUGUCAGCUGGUUCAGAGAUGGCAAACAGCUGCAUCAGUCUAGCAAUGUGGACAUUAAAACAUUUGACGACAAGGCAACCAUCACUUUGAGGGCUGCACACAAGGAGCAUGAAGGCGUUUACACUGCCAGACUGAGAACCUGGGAUGGAAUCCAGGAACACAACGCUUAUGUCUACGUAAAAGAUGCUUCAUCUGCAGUGCUGGGAGGUCCUGCCUCUCCUCUUGCACUGCAGGUCUCCGAUGUCAACAAGGACUACGUCUUCCUGACUUGGCAGCCGCCCAGCGCUGAUGGAGCUUCACCCGUGGAGGGUUAUUAUGUGGAAAGAUGUGACCUCGGUCAGGGUGAGUGGGUGCGCUGCAAUGUGCAUAUUCAGAAAAUGUGCCAUUACCCUGUGUUUGGGCUUAAGGAAGGAACGAUGUACCAGUUCAGAGUCCGUGCUGUGAACAAGGCCGGAGCAGGACGCCCCUCUAAAGCCACGGAGCCCAUCCUCACCACAGACCCCCUGGAACCCACCAGGACAAUGGUGGUCAAAGUGGAUCAAGGAAGGACCAUCACCAUCACAAAAGAUGAACUAGAAGGUCAGGUCAAAGCUCCUUUCCCUCCCACAAACGUCCACACCUGCGAGGUGAGCGACACCUACGUGGUGCUGAGUUGGGCCGAGCCUGAACCCAGAGGCAGGGAGCCGCUCACCUUCUACGUGGAGCGGUCCCUGGCAGGGAAGAGCAGCUGGGAGCUGGCCAGUCUGGACAUGGAGGUAAACUCUCCCAGGUUCCCAGUGUUUGACUUGGUCAAGGGCAGGCAGUACUGCUUCAGAGUGCGCUCUAUCAACAAGUACGGUGUCAGUGACCCCUCCGAGCCGAGCGCACUGAUCUCCCUCGGAAAGCCACAAGCUGUGCCACCUCCACCUCACGCUGUCAUGGCCAUUAGAGACACAGACACCUCAGUGCUGCUCCAGUGGCGAGAAUCCAAAGAUAAAGACGACAUCCUGGGAUAUUACCUGUACUACAGUGAAGCUGGCACACAGGACUGGAAGACUGUUAACAACAAGCCUGUUACCAAAACCAGGUUUACGGUCCAUGGCCUCAAGACUCGCAAGGAAUAUGUGUUUAGAGUAAAGUCUGUGAGUCGAGCAGGAAAUAGCGACUAUUCAGAUGAGUCUCAGCCCAUCAUGGUCAAAUCAGCCAUUUAUGUUCCUUCUGCUCCCUCUGCCAUCGCCCUGCUGCUGUGCACUGGAUCAGAGAUGGUGUUGGGCUGGAGGGCCCCCUCCUGUAACGGGGGAGACCCUGUACGUGGCUACUACCUGGACAAGAGAGAAAAGGGCAUGAAAGUGUGGAGAGAGGUCAACAUUAAGCCUGUCAAAGAGAGACAGUUUAAGGUUUGCAACCUGACAAAUGGAGAUUUCUACCAGUUCCGGGUAUUUGCUGCCAACAUGGUUGGCAUUGGGAAGCCUUCCGAGGCCAGUGAAGCUUUCCUGUGUGAAAAAUGGACAAUGCCAGAGCCAGGUUGCCCCUCUGACCUGGAGUUCAGGGAAGUGAGAAAUAACUCCCUGAAACUCUUAUGGGCGACUCCACUCUAUGAAGGACGGAGCCCCGUCACCGGUUAUCUGCUUGAAGUCAGUCAAGGCGACCAAUCAGACGACUGGACUGCUUUAAAUGACAGUCCAAUCUGUGAUACACGCUACAAGGUGUCGGAUCUUCAGACAGGUCAGACCUACCGUUUUCGUGUAUCGGCUAUCAAUGAGGCUGGAGUGGGUUGUGCCUCUUUACCAACUGAGCCAGUCACAGCUGAGACCCAACCAGGCACCAAAAACAUUGAGGUUGGUGUGGACGAUGACGGCUUCAUAUUUUUGGGCUACGAGGCAACAGAUAUGAACGACGAGAGCAAAUUCCUCUGGAACAAAAAUUACACAGACCCCAUUGGUGCUGACAGAGUGAGAGCAGAAACCAAGAAGAAUAGGUCAGUCCUCACCUUCACAGACCCCUCUGAGGAGGAUCUGGGUCUCUACACAGUGGAAAUGAGCGACAAACCCAACCUGUCAUCCAGCUAUGACUUCACGGCUGAAGACCUGGACCGGCUCAAAGAACUCAGCUGGCAAGUCAGAAAUCCCCUUAUAGCAUUGAAGUCCGGCUGGCAGAUAGAGGUUUCUGAGACAGGCAGCGUGCGACUUUGGCUUCAGACCGAGAGUCUGAGCAAUGCUGCUGAGCUCCGUCUCAUCUUCAAUGACCGGGAAAUUUCCAGCACUCCGCACCGUAAGAUCAACUUCGACAAGGCCAAAGGUCUGGUGGAGAUACUGUUUGAUCAGCUCUCACCGGAGGACAAGGGCUCGUACACAGCUCAGCUAAGAGACGGCCGUGCCAAGAACCAGUUCACUUUGGUCUUUGUGGAUCAAAAGUUCCGGCAGACACUGGCCUUGGCUGAUGCAAAACGGCGUGACCAUCAGAGAAAGAUGGGACCUUAUUUCCAGGAAUUCUUGUCGUGGAGUAUAAACGAAGAUUGUGAAUUAAUUAUAAAAUGCAAGGUGACAAAUACAAACAAGGACACAUCUCUCAAGUGGUUUAAGGAAGGUACAGAGGUGACACAUGUUGUUUAUGAUCAGUCAUCAGGGGUCAGUACGCUCACCAUCCCACAGGUUACAAAGAAAGAGGUAGGUUCGUACAGAGCUGUCGUGUCGGAUGGGAGAGGAGAGGAUGUCAGCACCUUGGAGCUACUGGAUGAAGAGUAUGACAACCUUCUCCAGCAGCUGAGUAGACGGUGUGCAUUGUCAGCCAGCCCACUGAGGAUUCAGAGCACUGCAGAAGGUUUCAAGCUUUACUGCUCACUCAAAUACUACAUAAGCUUCCUGAAGACCAGCUGGCACUUCAAGGAGAAGAGGAUUGACCAGGAAGGCAGAGCAAGGCCUGGCAGCAGCAUGCAGAAUGUCUGGAUUGAAAUCUUAAACCCAACGGAGAGCGAUAAAGGCAAAUACACCUUGGAAAUGUUUGACGGCAAGGAGACACACAAACGAUUUCUUGACCUGUCAGAAAAAGUCUUUGCUGACAUCAUGGUGGAGCACCAGAGGUUGAAGCAACUGGCCAUUGCUGAGAAAAAGCGGGCCAAAGUGACAAAGGGUCUUCCUGAUGUGGUAGCCAUCAUGGAGGGCAAGUCUCUUUGCCUGACAUGCUUCAUCGACGGCGAACCAGCCCCAGAGAUCUUCUGGCUUCGUAAUGACAGGGAGAUUGUUGACCAGAAUCAUUUUACCAUCACUAAAGAGCCAAAGUGCAGCACAAUCACUAUCCACAACGUUUACAUGGAUGAUUCUGGAAUGUAUAGCAUCUAUGUCUGCAACCAAUAUGGAUCUGAAACUGUGGAUGUGACAGUGAGUGUUUACAAGCAUGGGGAGCAGCCUCCAACUAACGCCGUGCAGAUGGGUUAAAGAGCAACUUCUGUCAGAAAUUAAUUUUCUGCAGUAAUGUUAUGUUAUAGCUUAGAGAUUCUACAAGUAUAGAUACUUCUUAAAACAAGACUAUGUAACCUGAAAGGAGAACAAUGCUCCUGUCACACGAGAGCCCUACAGCCUUACUGAGUAUGUACAGUUGCUUUACCUUUACACUAGCUAAUUUGUUAGCUGAUAAGCCUACACCAUUAAAUAUUAGCUACUGCUAUAGCUAACCAUACACAGCUCAGUGUUGGCCCACAUUAGCUUAUGUCACCCUAGCAAGGCCUGUCAUAGUAGCCAGUGUUGGCUAACAAGAUCAACCAGGUGUAAACUAUCAUGCUAGCAUUAGCUAGAAACAAAUUAAUUAGAUAUUACUCAGAAAUGACUUUAUAACUGGCAUUACACAGGCAAUUUGUUGACUCAAACUCUUCUCUUUUGAAUCAUCUUUGCCUGUGCUACUGUUCAGUUCAAAUGAUUUAUAUUUAUAUGGUAUUAAACACAACAUAAGUCACCCCAGGACUCUUUACAUGUUAAGGUCAAAGCCCUAGAGUAUGUUGCACUGCACCUUAUCGUUAAGUCGCUUGUGGAUACAGUGUCAUUGUUUAGCAAUAGCUACAUAGUCUCACCUUAAGUGUUUCUGUGUGUGCACAAACUGCAUAACCCUCUGCUGCUAGAAUGAGCUUUCAGUGAAGCAGACGUGUCAUUUGUUUGUGCGUGUGCUAAAUAAAGCAAUUUCAAGUUUU